AUGGAUCCACAACUCUGCGCUAAUGGCUGUGGCUUCUUCGGCUCUCCCGAGAAUCACAACUUGUGCUCCAAGUGUUACAAAGAUCAUAUCGUCAAGCUCAAUAAAACGAUCAGUGAAUCAAUGACAAAUCUCGCCGUAUCGUCUUCUUCAUCUGAUGAACACAAGAAUGAAGAGUCCUCGUCGAUCGGCUUCAUGAAUUUUGGGGUUUCUGCUUCGGAAUCAUCUGAUGAGUUUCAAGAGAAAAAGAGGUGCAAGAGUUGCAACAGAAAGGUCGGAGUAACAGGUGGAUUUCGGUGCCGAUGCGGAGACUUGUUUUGUGGGAAACAUAGAUAUCCAGAAGAACAUUCAUGCACGGUGGAUUAUAAGCAGAUUGGUCGUCAACUCAUUCAAAAACAAAACCCACUUUGUGAAGCUGAUAGACUAUUCAGAGUUUAG